AUGUCCAACACCCAACCCGAAGAUGAAGAAGCACUCGUCAAAGCCCGCGUCCUCGCGCACGAAGCCCGCCCCUACAACCGCCUCGUGAAGCGCUGCAGCAGCCUCACAACCCCCGACACCCCACUAACACCCGACGCCGCCGCCCGCCUGCGCGACGACAUCGACACCGACUUCAAGUACUUUGAGAGCGUGAUCACGCGCAUCCAGCUGCUCAAGGACACCAACCGCCGCGAGGUCGAGCGCUACGAGAAGGAGAAGGGCGAUAUCCUUGAAACAGCCUCCACCGCCCGCAGCACCCUCAUCUCCCUGCGCACCACACUGCAAAAAACCCAGAACGAAAAAGCCAACAAGCUCCUCUACGACGCGAUCGCCACCGACAUCCUGCGCACGGGGGCCUCAAAGCGCGCGACGAACAGACGUUUGGUCAGAUCGUUGACCAGCUCGAGAAGAUGUGGGCUCAAAUCAAAGAGGACAAGGACGAGCAGGACCGGCGCGAGGGCAUGUCGGAGGAGGAGGAGGGCGAGGAGGUGGAGGGGGCCGGGGUGGGGGGUGGGGGUUGAAGGUUGUGGGGGGUGGUGGGGGGAGAGUGGUGCGGCGACGCCGGCGGGGAUGACGCCGAGUGUGGGGGCGGGGGCGGAGGAGGAGAUGGAGGAGGGGGAGGAAAGUGAGGAGGGGGUCGGGGCGGAGGGGGAUGUGGAGGUGGGGGAUGCGGAUGUGGCGACGCAGCGGGAGGGCGAGAGGGAGGAGGGGGAGGAGGAAGAAGGGGAGGAGGAGGAGAGGGAGGAGGGGGAGGAGGGGGAGGAGGGGGAGAAGAUGGUGGUGGAAGAGGAGGAGGUUGAUAAAAUGGAUAUAGACUAUGCUGAUAAUAAUACUGGCAUCGAGCCCACAAAGACACGUACACAAAGGCAACCUACUCUCACCGGGAUUGGCACAAUUGCACACUUUACUUGUGUUCGUCAAACACGCUUUGUCUUCCCAACACCCGUCCAGACGUCUAUACAUAUCGACCCAGAGACGAAGCUCACCCCAACACCGCACCGCAUCUCCAUCGAUCCCAUCCCUUCAACUCACCCCACCAGCGCCCGGCGCACCCCUCGCUACUUGAGACGAUGCACCACCCGCCGCGCCAGGCCACAAAGGGCCUCAACCGCCGGUAUAGCUGCUUUGUCUUUCCGGGAGGGCUUUCUCUGGUCUGUUUUGUGA